AUGACAGCAGUGUCGGCAAACGGAAAGUGCACCGAGAAGCACGAAAACGGCGCGCACACCAACGGAACGACCAACGGAACCAGUGUUCCGACGAAUCAGCCGCAACCAGUCUACUACACGCCACCACAGAAUCUCGAAUCUUUCGAGUUGACCCUGAGAAAACACUUUGAAGACAAGCAUAAUCUCAAAUUCGGUGAGUUCGUUUGAACUGCAGUUUUUCAGCGUAUUUUUUUUUGAAAACAUUUUUUUUUUAGAAAACUACCGCGAGUUCCACAGAUUCACUUGCGACAACUAUGGCUCGUUCUGGGAGGAUCUGCUCAAGAUCACCGGAGUCAAACUUCACCAACAAUACCAGAAGGUUAUCAAUCACAACUUGAAGAUCAACGAAAGACCGAAAUGGUUCGAAGGUGCCACUCUGAACUACACGGAAAACGUGAUUGAGCGUGGAUUGGCUUCAGAUGUUGCCGUUUUAAAUGCCAGUAAGUUCAGGUGUUCAGUAAUUAAGAUAUAGUUCAAGUUUGCAGACAUUCAUGGAGAAAUCACGGAAUUCACAUUCGACGACUUGCGAAAGGAUGUCUAUCGAACUGCUACUUCCCUCCGAAACUUCGGCAUCGGUCCAGGAGACACUGUCUGCGGAUUUGUCCCGAAUACCUACGACACCCUGGUGGCCGUCUUUGCCACAGCCGCAGUUGGAGCUGCUUGGUGUUCAGCUUCGGUCGAUUUCGGACCGGCCGGAGUGCUUGAUCGGUUCAGACAAGUCCGACCGAGAGUCAUGUUCACCGUCAACAAUGUCACUUACAAGACCAAGAACAUCUGCCAGACUGACAAAAUCAACGAAAUUGUUAAAGGUAUGCGGAAAAUAUAGAUUUUCGGUAAAAAUUUUUAUUUUUAGAGUUAACAACUCUGGAGAAAAUCGUGGUGUCUGACUCUUUCACUCCAGUGAAUUUCAAUGCAUCGAAGUAUGAGCAGAGCGACAAGUUCGUCUCGUUGGAACAAUUCAAAACGCCCAUCUCGGAUGUGGUCUUGCCGUUUGUUUAUACCCCUGUAAAAAAAGUUGUAAUAGAGAUAAGAGUAUAAUAGUUAUCGUUUUAGGUUCCAUUCGCAGACCCUCUUUUCGUAAUGUUCAGUUCCGGAACCACCGGAAUCCCGAAGGCGAUGGUCCAUACUGUUGGUGGAACUCUUUUGAAGCACAUUGAGGAACACUUGGUGCAGGGUGACUCCAAGAAAACUGAUCGGCUGUUCUUCUAUACCACUUGUGGAUGGAUGAUGUACAAUUGGUACACUCUUUCUCCUGAUUCUGUGACUAUUGUUGUUUUCUUUUCAGGAUGAUCUCAUUUCUAUACUGCAAAGGAUCGGUGGUUCUGUUCGACGAGUGCCCACUUGCCCCAGACACUCAUAUUCUUAUCAAAGUGAGUGUUCUGGAUAUGUUCGAAAACACAUUUCUCUGCUUUAUCAGAUUGCUUCAAAAACACACUGCACAAUGAUCGGAAUGGGCGCUAAGUUGUACGAUGAAUAUCUCCGACUUCAAAUUCCAUUUAGUAAGUUAAUUGGUGAGCUUAAUCUACGUUUGAAUGAUUCAGAUACUCUGUACAAUCUAUCCAAUAUUCACACUGUUUACUCGACCGGUUCACCUCUGAAGAAGGAGUGCUUUGCUUACAUUAACACAUAUAUCGCUCCUGGAGUACGUGCAUAGAAAAUAAAAAUGAGAAGUACUAACUGAACCAUUAAUUUUCAGGCUUUGAUCGGUUCAAUUUCGGGAGGAACCGAUAUUAUUGGUUGCUUUGUCGGGGGCAUAAAGUCCCUCCCGAUCACACCGGGAGAGUGUCAGUGUCUGUUCCUCGGAAUGGAUAUCAAAUCUUUUAAUUUCAUGGGUUUGUUUUCUGUUUUGACCAGACUUCUCGCUGACCGGCCCGGGUUCUAGUACUCAAAUUUCAAAUCAUUAAUUUCGAGCCAAUGUUUUCUCGAAAAUCGUGACCUUCGAAUUUAGUGUAAAUUACGUUUUCCGGAGUAAAAAGUCAGUAAAUCUGGUCUGGUUUUUAUUCCGUUCAAAGUAGAUUUAAUGAAUUUCAGACGAGGAAAUCACGAGCUCUGACGAGCAGGGCGAGCUCGUAUGCGUCACGCCGUUCCCCUCGAUGCCUUCUCAUUUUUUGAACGAUACCGACGGCAACAAGUACCGGGAUGCGUACUUUGCCCGGUUGGAGCCAUUCUGGGCUCACGGAGACUUUGUGCGAGUGAACCAUUCGACGGGAGGCGUGGAAAUGCUCGGAAGAAGUGACGCGACGUUGAAUCGCGGAGGCGUUCGCAUCGGAACCGCUGAAAUCUAUUCGGUCGUGGAGAAGAUUCCACAAGUGGCUGACUGUAUUGUUGCUGGACGACUUGUGUAUGUUAUUCUUCUUAAUUGCACUCAAUUUUCUUGUUGUCACGUUAUUCUGAGCAACUUCACCUGACUGCAAAACAAAAACACUUCGAAUUAUGCUCAAUUUUCAGGGAAGAAGGCGUCGAUGAGGAAGUGUUGUUGUUUGUGAAAAUGGUGCCAGGGCAAGAGCUUACUCAGCACAUUCAGGCCACUAUUGUCACGAGACUCCGGACGGACAUGUCGCCACGUCACGUUCCCAACAAGAUCUAUGCCGUUGAUGACAUUCCAGUAAGAAUUGACCCUCAAACUCCUGGAUGUCUCCAAAUACUGAGUGACACGAAUAGUGACAAGAGUAGACCAACAAUGUACAUGUUGUAUAAACUGUUUUUCAGUACACGUCGAGCGGAAAGAAGGUUGAAGUCGCCAUAAAGCAGAUUGUGAGCGGAAAAGCCGUUCAGAAGGCGUCGUCGAUCCGCAACCCAGAAUCUCUCGACCAUUUUGUCCAAUUCAGACUUUAA